AUGGUUAGGAAAAUAAAAGACGGUCUUCUUAUUGAAACUGUGUCUCCAGGACAAGCUAGAAAAUUGUUAAGUGUAACCAGAUUUUGUGAUAUGGAGGUAGAAGUACUUCCACAUAACACAAUGAAUUACUCAAAAGGAAUAAUUUACUGUCCGGAUCUUUUAAAUUGCACAAUCGAGGAAAUACAAGAAGAGUUAGUAAACCAAAAUGUAAUAGCUGUUUAUAGAAUAAAAUCUAAGAAAGACGGUCAACUUGUUGAUACGCCAAAUCAUGUACUUACGUUUAAUACCACUAUCCUACCUAAAAAUGUGAAAGUCGCCUUUUAUUCACUUAACGUCAGACUGUUCGUGCCAGCUCCCCUACGUUGUUUUCGUUGCCAACGAUUUGGGCACACAUCAGUGAAAUGUGAAAAACCCCAAGUUUGUAUAUGUGGAAAACCGUUACAUACAGGAAGUCCCUGCACACCCCCCAUUAGGUGUGUUAAUUGUGAAGGUACUCACUCAGCAAGAUCUAAAGAUUGCCCUAUAUAUAAACAGGAAUUCGCUAUCCAAGAAAUAAAAGCUAAAGAAAAUAUCUCGUAUUUUGAUGCUAAAAGAAAAGUUGCUGCUAAAACCCCUAGACCCAAUAUUAGCUACUCCCAAGCAAUUCGUCCACCAGCGCCUGCAACAAUUAAUAUCAACGAUCUUGUUCAAUCCCUUAUUCCCCACCUUGUCAAAGCUAUCAGCCACCUAUUUUUACCGCCCCCUGCUACGCCCCAUAAUCUUCCACCCUACCCGAUAGCCCGAUCCUAUGAUGAAUCAGACAGACAGUCAAUCUCAAAAAGAAGGAAAUCUGACAGUUCUGACAUUGAAUCAAUAGCAUCCAGUGUCAACGUGUCAACAUUUUUAGCUACUAGCUACAAAGUCGCAUAUCGAGUUGCUAAAGCAGGGAAACCACAUACAAUUGCCAAAAAUCAUAUUUUGCCAGCAGCACUUGAUAUAGUUGAAAUUAUGAAUAAACGAAUGGCCAAGGAUAUUCAAGAACAAGUAGUCGAAAAAUUAAAGAACAGCCAACAUUUUGGUUUGCAGUUUCACGAAUUUACAGAUGUUUCCGACUGUGCACAGUUUGUAGAGAAACUUUUGACAUGCUUUCCAGAUUUUCACUCUGAAGCUGACAAUGGGCGUAGAUGGAUUUUAAACCAUUUUUUGGACAAAUCAAUAAAUCUGGCUGAUGUCACCACAAAAAUGAAAGAAUGUCUUCUAGAUUUAGCUGCUGAUGGCAUUCUUAAAAUGGAAUUUUAUUCGCAAAGUGUCUACGUAUUUUGGUUGAAAAGAAAACACGAAUAUCCAGAGCUGGCAAAGGAAGCUCUUAAAUUAUUAGUAGCAUUCGCCACUUCAUACUUGUGUGAACUGACAUUUUCUUCAAUGGUAGACAUUAAAACUAAAAAGAGAAAUAGACUGCAAUUAGAAAAUGAUUUGAUUAUUAACGUUUCAAAAGUUGCACCACAAUUUAAUAAACUUUUGAAAAAUAAAAAAGCACAUCCUUCUCACUAA